AUGUCUCAGUUGCGGUCCAUCCCAGAACUCCUUGUCCGCCAUGCAGCAGAACGCGGCCAGAAGGUUGCUUAUUCAUCGCCGUCACGGGAAAUCACGUAUCGGGAACUCGAAGAACGAACUAGACGCAUAGCAGUGCACCUAGCGUGGGCUGGAGUAGGUCGAGGGGACUUUGUGGCCGUCUUCCUGGGCAGAUGCCUCGAGGCACUUGAGAGCAUCCUGGCAAUCACGCGAGCAGGUGCAGUGGGAGUCCCCCUGGAUUCUCGCUCGACAUCCUCUGAACUGUCCAAUGCGCUGCAACAUUGCGGCGCGCGUGCCAUAUUUACCGACAGCCACCACUUAAGCCAGGUUCGACUUGCAACCGAAGGGCAAAAGCAGACAAUCAUUGUUGUGUCUUCAUCAGUCGAUUGUACUGCCAAUGGCGAGUCAAAAGUCGCCCAAUACGAAAGCUGGGCAGAGGAUGAAGACUGCACAACCUCAGAAUCCAAAAUUGACGAGGACACUGGAGCUGAUCCGGCUUUCUUGCAUUAUACCUCUGGGACGACAAGUUCACCAAAAGGUGUAUUAUCAAGCCAGCACAGCUGGCUAUUGUCUGCCCAAGGUUUCGUACAGAGGUUUGGCUUCACAGAGGAAGACCAAUUCUUUAUUCCUGUUCCACUCUUCCAUGCUAUCAGUCAUUCGUUUUGUAUAUUCGCGACAUUGACUGUGGGAGCAAGCGCCCACAUCCCCGACCCUAACAAGACCUUCUUUGAUAGUCUUGCCACAGGGCAGGCGCAGACGGCCACGAUCAUUGUUGGCCCACCUGCAUCCUACCACGAGAUCGUGGCUACAGCAUCGACGUCGGUAACUCCGCUGGCUUUACCCCGAUUGAGGGCAUGUAUGUUCGGUGGAGCCCCGGCAACAGCAGCCCUUAGUGCUCAGGUCCAGCAAGUAUUCGGCGUCCCACUCACAGCCAACUAUGGAUGCACCGAAACAUGUGGAGGAGUAUGUACCGGCAGACCAGGCGACCUUUUUCGUGAAGGUGGGCUCCCAGAGCUCAUUCCAGGCGUGGAGCUAAAGUUGGUGGACCCUGACGGGAAUGAAGUUAAGGUGGGCGAGCAAGGCGAAAUCUGGAUUCGAAGUCCUGCCCUUAUGAUUGGAUACUACAAGGAAGCCAAAAGUCCGUUCACUUCGGAUGGCUGGUUCCCUACUGGUGAUCUUGCACGCGAAUCGACAUAUGGAAACAAUUUGACUCUUAUUGGACGACGGAAAGAAGUGAUCAUCAGGGGCGGUGAGAACAUCCAACCUGAUGAGGUAGAAAAAGUUCUCCUUCAAUGUCCUGGUGUCACAGAUGUUGUCGUGGCUGGAGUUCCACAUCGUCUUUUGGGUGAGACACCUGUCGCCUUCGUUGUCUGCGAGGCAAAAAGCACCACCCCCGGAAGGGAUGCUGUCGAUCUUGACCCGUCAACUUUGCUGGCCGUAUGCAGACGGUCCCUACCCGAAUACAAGAUACCGACAUCAUUCUACCAAAUUGAUGCUGUGCCAAGAACCCUGCUAGGGAAACCAAAACGGUCAACUGUGGCCUCCUGCACAAGCAGGCCACUGACAGCUGUGUCCAAGCUGCGGUCGAAGGACUCGAUCCAGGCUAUGGUUUUAAAUGAGACCAUCAGAGCAUGUGAUCAAGACGCAGAUGCAGAUGGCCAGGACGCAGCAUGGCUCCAUCGGUACUCCGACCGACCAUUUAUAACAAUUGGUCUCACCUCGCUUGCUGGUAUCGUCCUUCGAGAUCGUCUCUCCAGCCUCACAGGAUUAGAUCUCCCCACAACCCUCGUGUUUGACCAUCCCACUCCCGAAGCAGUCAGCGAACAUCUCUACAGACGCCUACUUGACUUAAAAGUACCAUCUUCCCUACCGAUACCAAUGCCGGAAUUACCAGCUGAGGAUGGCGGGGUCGAACCAAUUGCCAUUGUCUCUAUGGCAUGUCGGUAUCCGGGAGGUAUUUCAUCGCCAGAGGAUCUUUGGCAGAUUGUAUCUGAUGGAGUCGAUGUGACCUCUGAGUUCCCAACUGAUCGUGGUUGGAAUGUCGAGACAUUGUACAACCCAGACCCAGACCAUCCCGGCACCUCAACAACAAGCCGUGGGGCGUUCCUCGAGAACAUGGCCGACUUUGACGCCGGGCUCUUCGGCAUGUCUCCACGCGAGGCUCUUGCUACGGAUCCGCAGCAGAGACUGUUACUAGAGACAACGUGGGAGUUGGCAGAGCGAGGUGGCAUGGCUCCUUCGUCGCUGCGCGGAACUCAGACUGGUGUCUUUGUAGGCAUCAUGUAUGGUGAUUAUGCAGAUAAUGGAAAAGACACUCCGGAGCUGGAAGCAUACCUUGGAAUUGGCUCAUCAGGGAGUGUAGUCAGCGGGCGCGUGUCGUACUGUUUCGGCUUACAUGGACCGUCACUAUGUAUUCACACCGGAUGCUCGUCCUCGCUGGUCGCCAUUCACCUGGCGGCCGCGUCCCUUCGAAGCGGAGAGUCUUCUCUCGCCAUCGCCGGAGGAGUAACAACCAUGGCGACACCGCAGUCGUUUGUAUGCUUCAGCAAGCGGCGGGGUCUGUCUGAAGACGGCCGCUGCCGAGCGUACUCGAGCGACGCAAGCGGGACGGGCUGGUCCGAGGGCGUCGGCCUUGUGCUCCUCGAGCGGUUGCAGGAUGCAAGACGAAACGGGCACCAGGUCCUCGCCGUAAUCCGAGGAUCCGCAGUCAACUCAGAUGGUGCUUCGAACGGACUCACGGCCCCGAGCGGGACUGCACAGGAGCAGGUCAUCCAGGCAGCACUGGCGCAGGCCGGUCUGUCGCCGGCGGAUGUGGACGUGGUUGAGGGACACGGCACUGCGACAGCACUGGGUGAUCCUGUGGAAGUGCAGGCCUUGAUUUCGGCAUAUGGGAACGGCGGUGGUGACGCAAAGCGCCCAGUUUCGAGACCGUUGCUACUUGGUUCGGUCAAGUCAAACAUCGGCCAUACCCAAGCUGCAGCUGGAGUGGCAGGAGUCAUCAAGAUGGUCAAGGCGAUUCAACACGGCAUAGCACCAGCUUCAUUGCACAUCAACGAGCCCUCGAGGUAUGUAAAAUGGGAGGGUAGUGGUGUGGAAGUUCUCAGCAAGACAAAGCCAUGGCCCACAUCUUUUGAACCAAGUUCGACAGCUAGAAAGCGCCGUGCCGCGAUAUCAUCAUUCGGUAUAGGCGGUACAAACUCGCACGUUGUCCUAGAACAGCCACCCGAAGAAGGGAACCAAAGACAAGCGGGCUUAUUUGGUAAUUCGACACCUCCAAUUACACCAACAACACCGAAAACUUUCGACAAGACAGGCAUGACCUUCCCAUGGAUUCUCUCUGGCGCAGACGAGGCGGCUUUGCGUGCACAAGCUCGGAGUUUGCUAGAAACCAAGGCCAUUUUCCUCCAGGACCCUGCUGAUAUCGCCUUGUCGCUUGCAACUACAAGAUCUGCUCUUCGGCACAGAGCGUCUGUCACUCCCACCGGGGGAAGUUAUCAAGCCGCGCUUGAGGAAUUAGCUGGAAAUCAACGAAACUCGGAAGAUGGCGCGGUUCCUGCACAUGCGCAGGCUAGUGCUACGAAACCCCGGGUGGCAUUCAUGUUUUCGGGACAGGGUGCAAGGCUUCCCAGCAGUGAUGUACUGGAGAAGCUCUGCGCGGCGUUCCCUGUUUUCUCUGAUGCGUUUGUGGAGGCAUGCGACGAACUAUCUCUACACUUGGAAUGCCCACUCAGUUAUGUCCUGGGCAACGGCGAGGGACAUGAGGCAGAUCCCCGGCUAGAUCGCACAGACUUCGCCCAGUCUUUGCUCUUCGCUUUCGAGGUGGCCAUGUUCCGUCUUCUUGAGUCGGUCAACAUCCGCCCGGAUUUUGUGACCGGUCACUCUCUGGGUGAGAUCGCGGCGGCAUAUGCGUCUGGAGCUCUGUCGCUUCGGGAAGCCGCUAUGAUUGUGACCUGCAGGGGCAAACUCAUGGCUGAUCUGCCUUCCAAUGGCAUCAUGGUGAGCGUCUCUGCCAGCGAGGAAGAGGUCACUGAAGAGAUAUCACGCCAAAAUCAUGAGAUUGAGAAUGGAUCGGUCACCAUUGCGGCAGUCAACUCGAAGACCUCAAUCGUCCUUUCUGGAACAGAAGAAGCUGUCACUAUCAUAGCAGAGAGGCUUGCUGGCUCAGGACGACGAGUUACACAACUUCGGAACAUCAGGCAUGCUUUCCACUCACCGAUGAUGGAUCCUAUGCUGGCCGACCUCGAAAGGAAAUUGGAAUUUUCAAUCAGCACUGACAAUACGAGAAAGUCCACAACUCCCCUCGUGUCAAGCGUGACGGGGAAGCGGGUCGAAGCAGCCCGGCUCAGGUCGACUAUGCAUUGGAAUUGCCAUGUAUGCCAGCCCGUACGCUUCUCUGAUGCUAUAGAGGAGCUUCAGAAUGACGGUGUCUCACUGUUUGUCGAAAUUGGACCCUCUGCAGUUCUGUCUAACCAUGUGCCGGGGUCCAUCGCGACGCACAGCCAGGUCAACAGGCUACUCGAUGCCUUGGGCCAGGUGUGGGUCCGAGGCAUACAGGUCGACUGGAAGACUGUGAUCAAAAGCACUGGUGCGAAUAUUAUUGAUCUGCCAGUCUACCCUUUCCAAAGACAGAGAUACUGGCUUGAUCUACCUAAGCCAGCAACGCAGAAGGCCGAGUUAAUGAAUGAACUGGGACACGGGAUACUCUUCCACUCAACAUCGAUACCAGACACAAACAAAAUCAUCUGCACGGGACGCCUAUCAACGGCGAGACAGCCCUGGCUUCGCGAUCACGUCGUCGGCGAGCAGAUGAUUGUCCCUGCUGCGGCACUCACGGAGCUAGCUUUGCGGGCAAGCCGGGAGUGUACUGGAACGGACGAGUCAAUGAUGCUGGAUGAGUUCACAUUUAUGGCCCCAGUCGCUCUUAACGCUGAACAAGAUGACGAGUUGAAGAUACAGGUCGUCAUCGGGGAAGCACAAGAGCACGGAGCAAGAGCUGUUGACGUCUACUCACGGCCCCGUGAUGUCUCGGCACAGCACGAAUGGACACGACACGCCACUGGUAUCCUCAAACCCGCCUCGCCGCUCGAUGAUGGAGGUGAUACUGUCCAAAAAUAUUCCGAGUCGGUUGUAGAUGAGAGAACACGAUCCUACGAUGGGAAAAUGAUUGAUGUUACCAAAGCAUACGGAAUCCUGGCUGGCGCGGGCAUAAAGUACGGCCCAUCCUUCCAAUCCGUGCGUUCUGUCUGGCGCGAGAGCCAGGAUGAGCUGGGAGUACACAUAGAGCCGUACCCGAGCCAAAGUCGGAUGUACGCACUGCACCCAGCCCUACUUGACGCCGCAAUUCAUGCAACUCUGCUUCCAGAACCAGAGAAAGCAGCCGGCAACAUUCGCCUGCCGUUCCUGUUCCGAGGCGUCCAAAUUGAUGACUGGGCUGGCUCUGGCGCCUUGAUCGCACGCAUACGCAAGCAGGAUGAGAAUAGAUUCUCACUCCAUCUCACAAAGAAGGCGACACGGAAGCUGGUGGCAGUGAUAUCUGAAGUGGUCACCCGGCCGUGGAGUGCUGCCGAAUCAGCCGCGGGAGAUCUUUAUCGACUCCAGUGGGACAGAUUUUCAACGUCCAGAAUCAAUGGGGAGUCCAACGGGCCUUCCAGUGACCAUUAUGAGGUGUACCGGGUCCGAAGCGAUGCUCGAGAUGACGGCGCAGAUGAGCAUUCCGCGGUCCACAGCAGGGUGCACAGGUCUGUCGCAGAGGUGCUCGGUGUGAUACAAAAGUGGCGCGCGGAAAAGGCAUACUCUGAUGAACGUCUUGUCAUUGUCACAGAGAGAGCGUCACUAGAAAAUCAUCCGGACCUCGUGUCUGCGGCCGUAUGGGGAUUCGUGCGUUCUGCACAAGCAGAGCUUGGCGGUGGACGCAUCGUGCUAAUCGACCUGGACGGCUCGGCCGAGUCCGAGAAGGCACUCGCAUCCGUGAUCGUUUCCAAAGAGGCAACUGUUGCCGUGCGUAAGGGCACACCCAUGGCCCCGUCGUUGAAGAAGAUGUCUCUGCCGCCGGUUCAGAACGCUUCAUUGAAGGCAGCGGUUUGCGCUUCGACACUUGAUAUCAGCGGGACUGUACUGAUCACCGGCGCGACGGGAGGACUUGGCGCCCUGCUCAGUCGACACAUUGUUCGUGUCCACGGAGCCAAAAGCCUGCUCUUGGUCAGCCGGUCCGGCACGAAGGCUCAGGGUGCGGCUCAGAUGUAUGACGACCUAGCUGCCGCAGGCGCCGUGGUACGCAUCGAGGGAUGUGACUGUGGCGACCGUCAACAACUGGUCACACUGCUGGAGAGCAUUAGCAGCCGAGGUCUACCACCUAUAAGCGCCAUAAUUCACUGUGCAGGUAUCGUGGAUGACGCUAUGCUCAGCUCCCAAGAUCCAGGACGGGUAUCCCGUGUCCUCUAUCCCAAGGUCGACGCCGCCUGGCACUUGCACGACCUUGCACCGUCCACGGUACGGUCUUUCGUACUAUUCUCGUCAUUUGUUGGUAUACUCGGCAAUGAGGGUCAGGUCGCCUACUCAGCAGGGAACGCGUUCCUGGAUGGACUGGCCCGCUACCGAAAUUCUCGUGGACUGCCUGCCAUGUCGUUGGCGUGGGGCCCCUGGCUCAACGAGGUGGGAAUGGCGUCCGACACUAAGUUGAAAGCUCACAGUGCUCGUCUUGAAAAUGCAAAGCCCCUCACAGACCAACAGGGCUUACAGCUAUUCGAGAAAGCAAUGCAAAGAAGGUUCUCGUCGGAGCCGGUCAUGGCGCCACUGCUUAUCGAAGGCCCUUUCCCACUGAUAUCGGAUGGUACGGGAGGGCCCAAGGCAACCACAUCAGCAUUACACAGCAGAAGUAAAUGGCGUCAACUACUCUCUCAAACACCCGUGAACCGUCGUGAGAAGAAAUUGCUCGAAUUAGUCAGAAGCUCGAUGGCCACGGUGCUUGGGUACCAUGAUCAGGAUCUCCCGGAUCGGCCGCUCGCAGAUCUGGGCUUCGACUCCUCAAGCUCUGUGCUACUCAGCAACGAGUUGAGGAAGCUAACUGGGGUGACGGACCUGCCUGUCACACUGGCCCUCGAUUAUGAGACUACUCAAUCGCUUGCGCAAUACUUGCUUGGCCGGUUGGACCUUGAGCGGAUCGACGAUGAAACGGAGGCGACGGCUCAUGCGCCACACAGCACAGCUGAGAAUAUCGAGGACCCACUAUAUGCGCCAGAGACUGACAACAAACCCAGCUUGGGAAUAUUUGAACCGUUGAAUGGCGAGCCGGAAUGUGACCGGGAAGGUGUCGAUGUCGAGGCGUUCGGAGGGCUGGCUGCUCUUUACAAGCGGCUUUGUCACCUCCAGCAGUACAGCGCAGCAGCGGAACUGCUGGGUAUCUCCUCACUCGCCCUGCCAAGAUUCAGGAUAGGGUCAGAUUUGUCGAAAUACGCGGUCCCCCCUCAACUCCUUGCGGCUGGUCCCUUUGAUUCUGCAAACCCGACCGUGCCACUUGUAUUACUACCAUCAUUCCUCCCGCCUGUCAUCAACGAUGGGUUCAGGGGGAGUGCCUACAGUACACUGGCAGCUGCAAUGAAGGGCCAGAUGGAGAUAUUUGAGCUCCCGCACCCAGAAGUGAUGGCUGUUCCCGAGGACCUUGAGACACUUGCUGCCAUACAUGUCGGCACGAUCAAAGAGCAUUUUACGGGCCCUGUAGUGCUUGCUGGAUUUUCUGCUGGUGGUUUAGUCGCUCACGCCGUGGCCUCUAGGCUAUUAGAAGAGACUAAAAAUCAGGAUAGACAAGAGGCCAGGUUGGCGGGUUUAGUGCUCAUCGACACGUAUAUCAAUAUGAGAGCGAGCAAGCAACCAGAGUGGGUGGACGCGCUGCCUGCUGAGGCUCUUACUGUCCGCAACGGGGGUCUCCUGCGCAUGAUUUCAGAUCCUGAUCUGGCGCUUGGAAAGGUAGGGGGUUAUUUCAGGACAUUGCAGAACUUUGAGCUGCAACCACUCCCCGAGGCACUGCCGACCCUGUUUCUGCGGGCACAGUUCCCUACGGCAAACAUGCCAAGCGGCGAAGAUGAUUGGCGACCGUUAUGGCCUCAAGUCAAAGAUACCUUUGAUGUUCCAGGGAGUCACCUAGAACUUCUCGAAAAGCCAUGCGUGACAGCCUCUGCCGGCGGGAUUCGGCGGUGGAUGACACAAGUUGGAAGCCAGAUCUAG